GGGCGGGCCGGGCCCAUGGCGGAGCCGGCGCUGCCGCUGGUGACUCGGCUCAGCUAUGCCGUGGGCCACUUCCUGAACGACCUGUGCGCUUCCAUGUGGUUCACUUACCUGCUGCUGUACCUGCACUCGGUGCAGGGCUACAGCUCGUGGGGAGCCGGCGUCCUGUUGCUGCUGGGCCAGCUGGCCGACGGCGUGUGCACGCCCCUCGUGGGCUACGAGGCAGACCACUCCGGGGGCUGCUGGGGGAGCUACGGGCCCCGAAAGUCCUGGCACCUGGUCGGCACCAUUUGUGUCCUGCUCUCUUUCCCUUUCAUCUUUAAUCCCUGCCUGGGGUGCACAGCCUCCACGGCAGAGUGGGCUGCCCUCAUCUACUAUGCACCGUUCAUUGUGAUCUUCCAGUUUGGCUGGGCAGCCACACAGAUCUCCCACCUGUCCCUAAUCCCUGAGCUGGUCACCAAUGACCACGAGAAGGUAGAGCUCACCGCCUUCAGGUAUGCUUUCACUGUAGCAGCCAACAUUGCUGUGUAUGGGGCUGCCUGGCUGCUUCUCCAUUUCCAGGGGUCCCAUUCUGAGGCCCCUGAUUCAGACACCAGUGACCAGCUAGGCCUACAGGAUGUGCCAGUGUUCAGGAACCUUUCCCUGAUGGUCGUCUGUGUUGGUGCCGUCUUCUCCCUGCUCUUCCACCUGGGCACCAAGGAACGACCUCGGCGGCGGCAUGGGCUUGAGGAGCCCAGCGAGCACAGCCCUCUGCUCCCACCCGCCACCCAGCCCAUGGUCCUCUGGAAGCACUGGCUUCGGGAGCCGUCCUUUUACCAGGUGGGCAUUCUGUAUAUGAGCACACGGCUCAUUGUGAAUCUGUCACAGACGUAUAUGGCUAUGUAUCUGACCUACUCCCUGAACCUGCCCAAGAAGUUCAUCGCAACCAUCCCCCUUGUGAUGUACGUCAGCGGCUUCUUCUCCUCUUUCUUCAUGAAGCCAGUGAACAAGCGCAUUGGUCGAAAUCUGACAUACUUUGCAGGCCUCUUGAUCAUCCUGGCUUUCGCCUCAUGGGUGGCGCUGGGCAACUCGCUAGGGAUAGCUGUGUAUGGAGCAGCAGUUCUCCUGGGUAUUGGCUCAGCCACCAUCCUGGUUAUGUCCCUGUCCAUGACAGCUGACCUCAUUGGCAGCCACACGAACAGCGGGGCCUUUGUGUAUGGAGCCAUGAGCUUCACCGACAAGGUAGCCAACGGGCUGGCUGUGAUGGCCAUCCAGAGCCUAUACCCUUGCUUCUCAGAACUGUGCUGUGCAGCCUGCAUGGGCUUCUACCAUUGGGUGAUGGUGGCCGUGACGGGAGGCGUGGGCGUGGCCGCUGCCCUCUGUCUCUGUAGCAUCUUUCUCUGGCCCAUCCAAGUUCGAUUCUUCUCCAGGAUCUCCAGGACCUUCCCCGGUGACCUUAUAGGAUGAUACAGCGGUGGCUGGCCCAGCUGAAGGUGCCGCUGGACCAAACUCAGGGGCCUCGCAGGACAUUACAGUCAACUGAACACUCAGGAUACCUCAGGUGUCUGUGCACACAGACUCUCCUCCUCCCCCUUCCCUGGGUACUGGGACUCACAUCCAAGGGUCUCCUGCAAUGGACCACCCCCAGCUGGUCUGGGGAAUCCUCGUUUGUCUCUCUGGUCCAUUUCUCUGACCAGGGAUCUCUGGGCUGGGAGCUGUUUACAAAGAAUAUUGGACUAAUGAAUAAAAGUCCCACUGUGAGUGUGGGAAUUCUGCA